AAAAACCAAACGUCAUAUUUUUGAAACCCUCUAUAUUUAUAAAGAACAUUACCUUGUUCAUGAACACCAAAAAGAUAAAACAAACAUUGAAAUAUCUCACAAAAGAGUCCAACUUAGCAUCACAAUAGAGACCUGCCCAUUCAUGGAAUUCAUUCACAAAGAGAAGGAUCAUCUCGAUGAACCCCAUAUAAAGCUUAACACAAGCUGAGUAGGAUUGGUUUUUGCCAGUCGACAACGGAACUUAGUAGAGCCACCAUGGCACUGGUAUUGCUGAUCUUCUCGGUUGUCCUUCUAGCCCUAGUCUGUGGCCUACUUGACAGGCACUACUCCUUCUGGCAGCGCCUGGGAGUGCGUGAGAUUAAACCCAAGUGGAUAGUGGGUAACCUUAUGGGACUACUCAGCAUGCAGAAAAGUCCCGCCGAGUUCAUAUCCCAGCUGUAUAAUCAUCCGUCGGCGGAGAACGAACCCUUCGUGGGGAUACACGUAUUUCAUAAGCCUGCUCUGCUCCUGCGAGAUCCGGAACUGGUGAAAAACAUCCUGGUCAAGGAUUUUGGAAAAUUUUGCAAUCGGUACUCGAACUCCGAUCACAAGGCUGAUCCCUUGGGCUCACAGAACAUAUUCUUCCUGAAGAACCCCGCCUGGAAGGAGGUGCGAUUGAAGCUAUCACCCUUUUUUACUGGGAACAGGUUGAAGAAUAUGUUCCCGCUCGUCGAAGAAGUGGGUGCCAGCCUGGAUGCCCAUCUGCGCCAACAGCCGCUCCAUAAUGAACGGAUGCGGUGCUUUGAUUUGGAGGCCAAGGAGCUGUGCGCCCUUUUCACCACGGAUGUGAUUGCUACGGUGGCGUACGGAGUCAGGGCAAACAGUCUCACGGAUCCGAACGGGGAGUUCCGGCGGCAUGGACGCUCUGUGUUCGAUUUCAGUCUGUUAAGAGCGGCAGAGUUCACCAUGGUCUUCUUCCUGCCACAUCUGAUUCCCUUCUUUGGCUUCAAGGUGGUGCCCGCUGAGGCCACACGUUUUCUGCGCAAGACCAUCAACUAUGUGAUGGAAGAGCGUGAGAAAUCUGGCAAGUCACGAAACGAUCUCAUAGACAUCCUUAUUGAGUUUCGGAGGAGCACGCUGCAGGCGAAGGCUGCAGGCAUCAAGGAUCAGUUCGUGUUCGAAGGCGACAUCCUGGUGGCCCAAGCCGUGCUAUUCUUCACCGCCGGCUUUGAGUCUUCCUCCUCCACUAUGGCCUUUGCCAUGUACGAGCUGGCCAAGGAUGCGGAUGUGCAGCAGCGAUUGCGAGAUGAAAUCAAAGAGGCUCUGGUGGAAAGCGAUGGCCAGGUGACGCUCCAAAUGAUUGAAUCCCUGGUGUACAUGCAGAUGAUUCUGCUCGAGGUGCUGCGCAUGUAUCCUCCUCUGCCGUUCUUGGAUCGCGAGUGCACCUCCGACGAGGCUUACCCUUUUGCUCCCUUCAACAACCUAAGGGUGCCCAAGGGAAUGCCUUUCUACAUACCCUGCUAUGCCAUACACAUGGAUCCCGAGUUCUUUCCCCAGCCCAAGAAGUUUCAGCCAGAGCGGUUCUCCGCUGAGAAUCGAAAGAAUCACAGGCCCUACACCUACAUGCCCUUUGGCCUCGGUCCGCACGGCUGCAUCGGCGAGCGUUUCGGCUUGCUUCAGACGAAGGUAGGUCUGGUGAACAUUCUCCGCAAUCACUUGAUAACCACAUCGGAACGCACACAACGGCGAAUGCAGCUAGACCCCAAGGCGAUUAUUACCCAGGCCAAAGGAGGCAUUCAUCUGCGACUAGUCCGUGAUCCUAUGGGCGUAUAACCCGAAAGGGAAACUUACUUUUUUUUUGGGAGUUCAGCAAGGCAAUACCGAAUAUCUUAGAACAACAAUCGAAUGAGAACUAAGCCGGAGAUUCGCGUGUUUUGGCAUUAAGAAUUAAACUAGUGUCGCGUAUAUUUGAGGGCAAUUUGAUUGACGAGUGGCGUGUUUAUCCGCUGGAGAAAUGACUUGGUAGAUCAAUCACUCAGAUAUAUAUAGAUAUAUACCUAACAGUGCAUAUUUAUGGGCUUUUUUCCCCCAAAUCAUCUUGAAAACGUUUAAAAUCGCAUUUGCAUGUACGAGAUGUAUUAGAUGUAGAUUACAUUUAUUUAUUGGUGGCGUAAUUUUAUAGACUCUCUAACCGAGAGCUCAACAGAUUACAUUUAAUUUGAUAAUUUU